UAUAUUUUCUGUUCUCCUUUGGGGUUCUGCCCUGACCUUAAUUCUUGGGAGACUUGUACACGCACUGUUAUUACAAUAUAGUCCGUGUUUUGCCAUCUCUGAUGGUAUUAAGUUUGUAGUAGAACUGAGUUAUUUUCCCUGACCAAUUUGAGUCGCAUGUGAUAAUUUUGUUGUGAAAAGUGAGAUUUCUGAUUUUUUUAUUAUUUGUCAUUUGUUUAUUAUCCCUUGCGCUUUUGGGAACCUCUUUGCUUUCAAAUCAUUGUGCAAAUAAUCAGGUUGUUCCUAAUUUCCAUAGCGGAAAGAUUACUUGGAUAAAUAACCCCCCCUUUUGUCUCUGUUUAAGAGGCACUAUGGGCAUUUGAGAGAAGUUGAAUUCUCUAUGUUUAGCCACGCCUGCAGUUCGACUUUAGCCAAAGUUUCAGUCUUUCUCCCGCUUGCAUUGUUUGAUUUGCUUCGAUGCUUGCAAUACCAGCCAAACUUUUGCUUUCAGAAUUUGCAUGCUACCGCAUUUUUUAUGAUUGCCCCUACGCUUUCUUUUCCUUUAUUUUGGAUCAUGUUGAUUGAAAAUGCACUAUUACGCACAUAAGUACAUUAUCGGUACAAUUAUCACCAAAUGCUGUGCUACAUAGAGUCUUCUAAUAAACUGGAUCACCUAGGAGUUGCUUACUUUUCAGUGGAAGCCACAUAUUAUACACACACUAGAUGUUGGAAGCAUCCGGUUAUAUUGGUCAUCCUAGAUUGCACUUACGCAAGAGAUUGAUGAGAGUUGGGGACCACCAAGUUAUGGACCUCAGGAUCACCACAUAAAGGAAGCCUGCCCAAGAUAAUAAUGCCUUCUGUCUCUUUCUGACAAUUUUCUUAUCCUUAAUGUUUGUUUGUCUAAAAUACAGACCUUAUAAUGCAAAAUGAAAAAAGUACUGGUAUGCAGUACCUUCAUCAUUGUUAAGUGUUGAAGUAACCAAAAUGAUUCUUCUGUGCUCAUUUACCUUUUCUUGAACCGAGAGAAUGUACCCUGGGGGUUAUACUGCUGAGGUUACAAGCUUAUCUCCUAAAGCUACAGAGGAGGAUGUAUACGAUUUUUUUGCUAACUUUGGUGCAAUUGAGCAUGUUGAAAUUGUCAGAUCUGGUGAAUUUGCUUGUACUGCAUAUGUGACAUUUAAAGAUGCUUAUGCCCUGGGAACUGCUGUGUUGCUCAGUGGAGCUACCAUUUUAGAUCAAUGUGUAUACAUACAACCUUGGGGAUCAUAUAUUGAGGAAUCUGAUCCUUGGAGCAGUCCCUGGUGGAAGCCAGAAGAUGAUUCUAGCUCAAGAGCUACUCAUAUGGGACAAUUCGUCUCUACCCCAGUAGAAGCUGUAACAGUGGCGCAGGAAGUUGUGAAGACAAUGCUAGCGAAGGGAUAUGUUCUGGGGAAAGACGCAUUAAUCAAGGCCAAAGCUUUUGACGAAUCCCAUAAUGUCUCAGCUAGCGCAGCGGCCAAGGUUGCGGAGCUUAGCAAUAGAAUCGGUCUCACUGAUCAGAUCUAUGCCGGCAUGGAUACCUUCAAAUCUGUGGAUGAUAAAUACCAUGUUUCAGAAAUCUCAAAGUCAGCUGCAGUAGCCACAGGGACAGCAGCAGUAGUCGCAGCUACAGUUACGGGGAGAGCAGCUGUUGCAGCUGGUAAUGCCGUAGUCAACAGCAGUUACUUUGCCAAAGGAGCGCUAUGGGUCUCAGACAUGUUGACUCGUGCAGCCAAAAUGGCUUCUGAUUUUGGUAGCCAUGAUGGUAAAACAAUGGAGUGACCCGAGACUCUUUUCUUUGGAAGACUUCCAGUUCUAGAGACUAGAUCACUGGAGGCCUGAACUGUGACCCUAACGUUGGACUAGCCCCUCUUUUCCAGGCCUUAUGAUUUUAUGUUGGACUGCUCGGGUUUUGGGUUGUUUGUAAAGAGUAUAAGUUCCUAACCUAAAUGAACAUAAUCUUAAAAUUUAGAUACUC